CAGGAUUUAAGUUCAAAUGAAUUAGUGCACUUGCCCAAUAGCAUGGGAGAGAUGAUAUCUCUAAAGGAUUUGAACCUACGGAGGAAUCGCUUAGAAGUUUUACCCGAUGGUAAGAUAACUAUUACUUACUUGUUUUUAUUUGUGUUUUUCAUUAGCUGUUAUUUCAAAUGAUGUUAUGAAGAAGCUAAGCUAGUCAAACUUUUAUUGAUUUUUACCUUCUUUUCUCAUUCCUCCCAAUAAGUUUGCCCAUCCUGUAAGAAAUUAUAUGCCAUUGUCACCCCAUCAUCUCCUUGAUUUUAUUCUGGAUUCUGUGCUUAAACAUCGACGAAAGGUAGUCUUUGUGUUAGUUACAAAAUCAGGGUUGUCAGAAACUUUUGAAGGAGACAGCUGAGUUGUCAAAGUAAGCGGCCAGUCCAGGGAUAUUUUAUUUUAAAAAAAACACCAUCUGUAAAGAAAUGCCAAGCAGAGUAGCUGGCUGAUAUUAACCAAGUAGGCAGCAAUUUUCGCUGGCAGCCAGCUACUUUUGACAACCCUGUAAAUGCAUUGUUUUUCCUUUUUUAUUUUGCAGAACUUAGUAAAUUAAAAUUGGUUAGGUUAGAUUUUUCAUAUAACAAAGUGUCAGUAAUUCCGCCUGCGUACCGGCUUAUCACCAGUCUUUCUGUGUUGGAGCUGGCUCACAAUCCUCUGACCUCCCCUCCUGCCCAGGUAGGUGCAUGAUCCUCAAACAAUUGCCUUUAAAAUGGAUCGCAAUUGAGGUUUUUGAAAACUUGUGAGUCUAACAGUAUUUCAAAGUUCAUUAUUUUGGUUUGUAACCUUUGAUGUGGGCUUUGAGAGAGAUAUUUGUUUGAUAUGAAGCUGUGAUUUGUCAUUUACCAGUAAAUUCUUCCCUAACGUUGAAUCCCUUAGCAAAAAAGGAUGUUUUAAAGGCAAUAUUAAAACAAUGAGCUAGAUAGCCAUGACAGACCCUUAAAGAUGAAGCAGUCUUGACUGAAAAAAGCUUGGUCAAACAUGACAGAUUUGUUAUAAAGGCAAAACUUGCUGUAGUCAGAAAUUGAAAGAUGUAAAAAUUAGACUGGUUUGAAAUUUUUUAAAACCUGGCAAAAGUUUCACCAAACCAGAAACAGAUGAGCUGGGCUGUGGUGUUGAAGAUGGUUGCAAUGUAAGACAAAAGAUUGGAAAGACACCACAACACAACACUGACAAGAGCUAACCUUCAAUGGUUAUUGCAACACUUUUUUUUCUAAAUACUUAUUAUUUAUAGUUUCUGACAUCACGGAGGCGAUAUUAAUGUCGCACAGCGAUUAAAGUGCUGGACUUAAAAUCCAGAGGCCCUGAAUGCAACUCCCCCCUAUAUGCUAGCUGGAUUUGUUUCUAACAGUCCUGGAUUCAACUCUUACACUAGUCUUGUUGGCCAUGCUUGUAAACAGCCAAGUGGUUGGCCUGCUACCAGUGGGGAUUCUUAACCCUAUUAUUUUUAAUAAUAUUUUUUGAACUAGUUGUUUCAUUAUCCCUGAAAAGCCCUUAAAGGGAGAGGAUAUUUAUUUAUUUAUUUAUUUAUUUAUUUAUUAAGCAGUUAACCUGGUUACAGUAACUGCACAGUGAAUCCUCGGGAAAUACUUUCUGUCUUUUGACCUUUUGCUACUUCAGGUUUGCACAAAAGGGAGGUUACAUAUUUUCAAAUACCUCAGUGCAUCUGCACAUGAACAAGAAAAGGUGAGUCCCUGUACCACUAUCUGCUGA